AAAAUCUAGUUUUUGUUAAUAGGGAUGAGUUUGGGUCAAAUCCUAAUCUCCCCGAGACCUAGAAUCAGCCGAUGCUAAUACAUGAUGAUAUGAUAUUCUUCUCGAUGAAAAUCGAAUUAAAAACACAGUAGAUCCACUCUUUCCACUAAACCAUUAGUCUAACGAGUAACGACCGUUGAUUAAAGUCAAUCAUUCUACUAGCCAAAUUCUAAGACUUCAACAACAUUUGUGAACGCAAUAGCCGAAUAUAGUUAUUUUGACAUCUAACUAGUUAUAUAAUGUGGUAAAGGAAAUUAGUGGAAGAAAAUGUAGGUCCAGCAAAAGAAAAAAAAUUACUGGAUGUAAUUCCAAAUAAAUUUGUUUCCAAUGGUUUUAUGGUCAACAUGCAAGCAUCAUAUCUUGCCUUUAUCUUUAUAUUCCAUUGAUAGUGGACGAGUUGAAAUUGUUUUUUUGCCUGGUCUUUUAACAAGGAAAAAAAAUCCCCUCAAACAAAAUUAUAUUCACCGUUUAAGUUGGUCACCUAUGAAAUUUUUAAAUACUAAAAAUAUCUGGAUUUUUUUAUAAACUUUAAUUAUUAAUUUAGAUUUCCGCAUAGGAUGAUCAUAACAAAAACUUACUUUAUUCAUAAAAACAUCGUAGGUUUGGUUUUUAUAUAUGAUGAUUCACAAUAUUAAAUAUAUUAUAGUGUAGAUUAUUCAAAAUUUUAAGAUACUUAUACUGUUAAUAUAUUUUAUGUUUGUAUUAAAAAAUAAUAUAGUAUUCAUAUUUCUUAUAGAAGGCAAAUACUUAAAAGAUAGCACAAACAAACUGUUUUUUAUGUUAAUAAGAAAAAGAUAUGUUAACUAAAAAAAUGUUUAGAAUCGACGUUAUUAUUCUAGAUAUAUAACAUUUUUAAUUCAAUCGUAGAAAUCAACCAAGUGAUGUUUAAGCGCUAACUUUCUUAUAUCAUUUUAACUACGCAAACAUGGUCGAGUGAUAUGACAUGCUUUGAAAAGUGUUAAGCACUCUGGAUUCGAAACCUACUAUCUUAAGUAUACUUGUUUGACCAGGUGACAUGAAUAUCUAAUUCCUAUUACAAACAGCCGGAUCUGUUUGGAGCCAGUGGACAAAUCCCUAAAGAAUUACUCGGUUGGACCUCAGUCCACUAAACACCCUUGAUUAUUCAAAAACAAAUUAUUAUAUCAGAGCUAAAUAAUUUCAAAAAGUGAGAUAACCCAAUAUACCAAAAUAUAAAUAACGAAACCAAUCAAAAUAUGAACAAUUAAAUUAACCUAUUAUUAUGAUUUAUUAAAACCCUGAAUUCAGAUUUUCCCGUGCUCAUGCACGGAUACAAACGUUUACUUAAUGUUUAAAUUAUAACAAUUCAUGAAUAUUUUUUUUUUCCUUUCUUUAUAAUGAUUAAAUUAGUUUGUAGUUUAUUACUGCAAUGCCAAUGCCUACUGAGGAAAGAGUAAUGCAAAAAUAUUAUAUUUGAAAUCACAUUUUAAUUAAGAUGGGAACAUGAAGAUAUUUAUACAAUUUUUUUUGUCAUACAUACAAAUUACAAAAUUACUUAAAACCUAUAAACAAACAAAAACAAAUAUUUUUUUCAUUUUUUCAAUAUUAUAACUUAUUUAUUUUGAAUCGAAUAUACAAAGUUCAGGUUAAAAAUAGUAUAAUAUACUGAUAGUUCGAGCCAAAUCGAAUCGGAUAACUGAUUAAUUAGAUGAAACAUAUAUAAUACCUGUAAGAACCAGGAUAUUCGAUAGGUAUCCCACCCCCAUUGACCCGUAUUGGUAUUAGUUGAACUUUCGAUUAGUAGCCACCACCAUUGACCCGUAGUGGUAUUAGUUGAACUUUGGAUUGGUAGCCACCCCCAUUGACCCAUACUGGUAUUAGUUGAACUUUGAAGAUACAGGUCUGUUUUUUAAGUUAUUUUUCAAUAAAAGUUAUGGUCAGUUGUCUUGUUGCCUAAGUCUCCUGUCACACUUGUAAAAUUGAGAGUUUCUCAAUCUCGCUAGCAGAUUAGUUGUUGGGUACCAGAUCCAGAGGCAAAAUGGACUCACCGCACUCGAAUUUGCUAGCUGCUGCUGACCCACCUCCGGUGACCGACGAACAAAAUCGUGAUGAUGUCCCAAUCGAGAAAGCAGAGAAGCCCAGGACUUUUCCCUUUCCGUUGUCUGAAGAAACAGAUGGUAAUGACGACGACGUUGAUGACCUAAUCAAGGGCUCGAGCAAGCUUAGCUUAGAGCAUAAAAAAUCAUCUCUUCCUCCUCUUCCUCCUCGAGCAUUAUCAAAAUGGUCUACUCAACAUCCAAACUUGUGCAAGCACAAGGCAACGGAUUCGCUCAAACCCAGAAAACACGAGGAAGUGGAGAUUACUAAGCGUAAGAGUUCAAAGAACAUGUUCAAAUCAGAAAAGGAGUUUUUUGAAUUAAUGCUCAAGUAUCAACGAGUCAUUUCUGAAAGAGAUUCUGCUAUUACUGUCCGUGACAAGCUUGAGUCACUUUGUAGAGAGUUACAACGCCAAAACAAAAUGUUGAUGGAAGAAUGCAAGCGGGUGUCGACUGAGGAACAGACUUUAAGAUCAGAUUUGUCGACCAAGUUCCAGGAAGCAAUUAACGUAGUUGAACUGUCACACAAGCAACCGUGAAAAGACAAAACACAUGAUAAAAUAACGAUCCACGUAUGUGAUAGAUUGAUUAUAUAGUUUGCAUAAUUCAAUAAAAUAUAAACCGUGUUGUGACAGAACAUCUAAGACAAUAAUUACGAUACAAUAUGAAGAAAAUUUUCAGACCUCACAAACUCAUUGCAAAUGCUCAGGCGCGUAAAACGCUCUCUGCAUGUGCUCUCUCUCUUUCUCAUUCUCAAUUGUAUAUACACACACACCAACCACAUAGUUUCAUGUCUCUCUCUUUUUAUUUAUACUAUAUGCAUUGAAGACAUAUCAAUGGGGAACUGCCUGGGACACAACAAUGACCUUAGCGGAAAAGAGAAAGAUAAUCUCGAGACCGAGCGGCCGGUUGAGUUAUUUGAAGAAGGUAAAAUGAGUAAUAUUAAGGAAGAAGAGAGGGAAAGCUCAACAGAAAGAGAGUCAAACGUGGUGAGGAUUAAAGUUGUGGUGACAAAAGAAGAACUAAGACAAAUCUUGGGUCACACGAAAGGUAUCAACAUCUCCAGGGCUUAUGAAGAAGACAAAGAACUAAGUGAUGAAAGUUGGAGUCCCACGUUAGAAAGCAUUCCUGAAAAUCAUUAUUGAAACUAAUCAUAUUUAUAUUUAACUAAGAUUAUCCAAUGUUGUCUCAGAAGCAUUGGCUCUCUUUCUUUCUUUCUUUCUUUUUAACUUUUGUUUCCUUGUGUGUUUUCUAGGAUGUAUUGUGCUUUCUGUUUUUUUUUUUUUGUGUUUGUGCACUAACUUAUAUAUGUCAUUUUGUGUCGUAUUAUAUACGCAUAAAUUAAUGAAUUGUGGCAUUUUAAAUA